CCAUUUACUAUUUAGUAUUUUAGCCUUUACGGUAAAUUCCGAGAAGAGUAUAUUAUCCUUAUUCUUUUUGGAUAAUUUGAUUGUGAAUUGUGAUAUGAGUCUCGAUGGAGCGUGGUGGCCGUUUGUAUAAUUUGUGCUCUUAAUUUUUCAUCAAAAUAAUUCGUUUAUUGUAAAAAAUGUUUGGAAGAAGCUUGAAGACAACGAAGAGGCUUCUACAUCACCCCACUUCACUGUGUACCGUCGAGUAUCAAAGGUCGCUGAAGAAAAAUUAUGGUACCGGAAAUAACGCUGGUAUUCAAGAAGUAGUGGCGAAAAAUUCACGAUGGUGGAGCUGGUCAAACCUGAUUUAUCCCAUUCCCACUGGUGUAGGGUUGACUUUACUAGCUGUACUUCAAUGGCGUCGUUUAAACAAGCAACAGACAGAAAACGAACAACCCAUCUAUACACGGAAUCUAAGGCUAUCCUUUUACAAAGCAAUACCACUAAGAGCAAUGUCCCGUUUAUGGGGUUAUAUCUCAGGAUGUUACAUUCCUCGGCAAUUGAGAUAUUGGUUAUAUACUGCUUACUCGAAACUGUUUGGUGUUAUAAUAGAUGAAAUUGAAUUACCCAUGGAGUCUUAUAAAAGUUUAGGAGAAUUUUUUGCUAGACGUUUAAAAGAUGGCGCUCGCCCAAUAAGUUUUAACAGACCAAUGGUGUCUCCAGCUGAUGGCACCAUAGUGAGUGUGGGACGUGUUACAUCUUGUCAAGUGGAACAAGUUAAGGGUGUUACAUAUACUAUAAAGUCGUUUUUAGGUUCACCAACUUGGCAAGAAGACAUGGUUACAUCAAAUCUAGAAUCUUCACCAAUGAAUACUGUAACAAAAAGUGAUAUGAUGAAACAAGAUUCCUCUACAUCCAAUUGUAGUGGUUGGUCYAUUAAUUCCACUUUCCUAUUUUACCAUUAUGGCCUUCUUACUAUGCACAUGUAUUGCAUCAAUUUCAUAUUCAACUUCCUCUCACAAGGUGUAAGCUUUUUCAGUCUAUCGUUUAAGAAACAAGACGUAGCGUUGUCAGAUGAUAGAMAAGAAAAAACUGCGUCUGUUGAACGACAAGACAAAAGUGAUGACGAAUGUCAGCCAUUUGAUCCUCAUUGGAAUGAAUAUAAAUCAAAGUUAUUACACAAUCCAGACAAUGAAUUGUAUCAAUUGGUGAUUUAUUUAGCUCCAGGAGAUUAUCAUAGAUUUCACUCCCCAGCUCAAUGGACUGUUAAAUUUCGAAGACAUUUUCAAGGUGAAUUAUUAAGUGUCAAUCCUAAAAUAGCCCGUUUACUACCAGAUUUAUUUGUGUUAAAUGAAAGGGCUGUAUAUGUUGGGGAAUGGGAACAUGGGUUCUUCUCAAUGACUGCCGUAGGCGCCACAAAUGUAGGAUCCAUUAAAGUACACUCUGAUAAGGGAUUAGAAACCAAUAAGCGAUGUCGUCGAAAGGACUUUAAUCAACAUGAUCGUCCAUUCUCAACUCAGUGGUCAAUAGGACAAGAAGUUGGAGAAUUCAGAAUGGGAUCGACAGUAGUGUUGUUAUUUGAAGCACCCAAAGAGUUUGUAUUUGAUGUGAAUGCUGGACAAACCAUACAAAUGGGACAAGCUCUUGGUAGAAUAGGUGUUUCUCAAGUUGAUUAUAUUACUUCAAAAUAAAUUAAGUAAUUAAUAAAAACGAAAAUAAAUCCUCU